ACAGUCCAAAACCCAUCUCUCUCUCUCUCUCUCUCUCUCUCUCUCUCUCUCUCUCUCUCUCUCUUCUCACUUCCUUCUCCUCGUCGAUCACAACACAAAAAGCUACCAGACCAAACUCCAUCAAAAAGCAAAAGCAAAAGCUCUCUCUCUCACACACCCCCCCACUUUCCAUGCAAACGAUUAGAAAAAAGCUUUCCCAAAAGCAAAAAAUCACAUUGAAAACGAAAACAAUGAAUAUGCAUAUAAGAUCCCAUGUUCAGUCUCCUACCCACAUUCACUAUUCCCCUCCUCUCUCAACUCCUUUGGUUUCUGAGGAGAAACGAUGUCCAAAGAAAUCGUUGUUGCAGAGCCCACAGGUGAAGGUUGCAGCAGCAGCGGUAAUAACAGUCACAACAGAAGAGAGUAUACCAGUCGGAACGCUAGACCAUUUACAAGAUCAAUCACUUGGGGCCGUGAUGAUCCUGAGCCCGAGCCAUUCGACAGCGAGAAGUUGCCGGUGUCUUUAGUUUCGGAGAUUCAGAGGUUCCUUAGGGUUUCCAAUUUGAUCGAAACUGAGGAGCCUCGUGUUGCCUAUCUUUGCCGCUUUCAUGCUUUUGAAGUAGCACAUAAUUUGGAUCGGAACUCAAAUGGACGGGGAGUGCGGCAAUUCAAAACUUCUCUUCUCCAGCGACUUGAACAGGAUGAAGAACUUACUAUCUUAAGAAGGAAGGAAAAGAGUGAUUUACGUGAACUCAAACGUGUUGAUCAUGAGUAUGAAGACUACAUUAUCAAACAUGGUGCAGAGUCUGCAGACUGUAAUCCUAGAAACAGAGAAAAGUUGAUUAAGGCACGGGCUAUUGCUUCUGUUCUCUGUGAAGUAUUGAAUACAGUUUACAAAGUGGCGGGUUCCAAGGCCCUCGUUGAUAGGGACAGCAUCAACGACAAGUCCGCAUUGUUUGUGCCAUAUAAUAUCCUUCCCCUUGAUGAAGGAGGUGUUCAUCAACCAAUAAUGCAGCUCCCUGAGAUUAAAGCUGCUGCUGUUGCUAUCCACAACAUUCAUCAUUUACCUUUUGUGGAGGAUUUUCGGAAACAAGUGGCUUGCAUGGAUUUAUUUGAUUGGCUCCAAUUUUGUUUUGGAUUCCAGAAAGGAAACGUUGCCAACCAGAGGGAGCAUCUGAUGUUACUGCUGGCUAACAUCCAUGUUCGAGAAAGUGCUAAGAAAACGAAUAUGUUAAAGUCAGGGGAUGAAGCUGUCAACAUAAUGAUGAAGAAAUUUUUCAAGAACUAUACUAACUGGUGCAAAUUUUUGGGAAGAAAGAGCAACAUUCGAUUGCCAUACCUGAAAGAGGAGGCCCAACAACAUAAGCUUCUGUAUCUAGGGCUUUAUCUUCUCAUAUGGGGGGAAGCUUCAAACUUGCGAUUUAUGCCAGAGUGCCUCUGUUAUAUUUUUCACCAUAUGGCAUAUGAGCUGCAUGGUAUGUUGAUUGGUGCUGUUAGCAUGACUACAGGAGAAAAGGUCAUGCCAGCAUAUGGAGGAGGCUCUGAGUCUUUUCUUAACAGCGUAGUUACCCCAAUCUACAAGGUUAUACUUGAGGAAGCUAUGAAGAGCAAAAAUGGGACAGCUGAUUAUUCUACAUGGAGAAACUAUGAUGAUUUGAACGAAUACUUCUGGUCUCCUGAUUGUUUUGAAAUAGGAUGGCCCAUGCGUCUGGACCAUAAUUUCUUCUUUGUACAAAAGUUGACUGAUCCGAAGUUCAGAAACGGUCAGAGAUCAGUUAAGGAUAUUCAGGAAAAGAAGAAUGAACAAAAUUUAGAUGAAGCAGUAGAGGCUAUGACCGAUGGAGAGAAGGUGCAAAAAUGGUUAGGAAAGACAAAUUUUGUAGAGGUUCGAUCAUUUUGGCAGAUUUUUAGGAGCUUUGAUAGGAUGUGGAGCUUUUUAAUCCUCUCCCUUCAGGCAAUGAUAAUAAUGGCAUCUCAUGAACUGGAAUCACCAUUCCAAGUGUUUGAUGCAACAAUUCUUGAGGACGUUAUGAGCAUCUUUAUUACAUUGGCGAUUCUUAAACUCAUACAAGCUAUUCUUGACAUAGCCUUUACUUGGAAAGCUAGUUGCUCGAUGGACUCCUCUCAAAUUCUAAAGCAUGGGCUCAAGGUUGCGGCUGCGGUGAUAUGGAUUAUUGUUCUUCCUGUAUGUUAUGCUGGCUCUAGAAGAAAAUAUACUUGUUACUCUACAGCAUAUGGCACUUGGCUUGGAGAAUGGUGUUACUCCCCUUAUAUGGUUGCAGUUGCAUUUUACUUGAUGACCAAUGCAAUACAUAUGGUUCUUUUUCUUGUACCCGCAGUGGGCAGAUACAUUGAGACGUCAAAUUUCCGUAUAUGUGCUAUUUUGUCUUGGUGGACUCAGCCUAGGUUGUAUGUUGGACGAGGAAUGCAAGAAAGCCAAUACUCCCAACUUAAGUAUACAGUGUUUUGGGUGCUGUUAUUGUUAAGCAAGUUCUCCUUUAGCUACAACUUUGAGAUAAAACCACUUAUUGCACCAACAAGGCAAAUCAUGAAAAUUGGGGUUAAAAAUUAUGACUGGCAUGAGCUUUUCCCAAAAGUCCAGAGUAAUGCUGGUGCAAUCGCGGCUAUUUGGGCUCCCAUAAUUCUUGUAUAUUUUAUGGACGCACAGAUAUGGUAUUCUGUUUUCUGUGCGAUAUUUGGCUGUUUUUAUGGGAUCUUGCAUCAUCUUGGAGAGAUUCGGACAUUAGGCAUGAUGAGAAGCAGAUUCCAGUCCUUGCCUUCUGCAUUCAAUACUUGCCUUGUCCCACCCCCAUCAAAUAAAGGCAACAAGCGAAGCCGUCUCUUCCGACAGAGGUUUCUGAAGGCAUCUGAAACGGAGAAGAAUAGUAUUGUUAAGUUUGUGCUGGUAUGGAACCAAAUUAUCAGCAGCUUUCGGGAAGAAGACUUGAUAAGCAACAGGGAGAUGGAUUUGAUGAAAAUACCUGUGUCAUCGGAACUUUUUUCUGGCGUUGUUCAGUGGCCUGUUUUCCUUCUAGCAAAUAAGUUCACAACAGCAUUGAGCAUUGCAAGAGAUUUUGUUGGGAAGGAUAAAAAUCUUUAUAGACAGAUUAGAAAAGAUAAUGACAUGUAUUGUGCAGUAAAGGAGUGCUAUGAAUCUCUGAAGUAUAUCCUUGAGAUGCUUGUCGUUGGUGAUCUGGAGAGAAGGGUUAUUACAGAGUUAAUUGAUGAGAUUGAGGAAAUCAUUGGAAGAUCAAGCCUUCUUGAAAAUUUCAAGAUGAGUGAACUACCAGCUCUACAAGCUACAUGUAUCGAGUUAGUAGAACUGCUGGUUGAGGGAAAUGAAGACCAUCAUAGUAAAGUUGUGAAAGCGCUCCAAGAUAUGUUUGAGCUUGUGACAGACAAUAUGAUGUUAAAUGGUUCCAGGGUAUUGGAUUCACUUCACUCCGAACAAGAAAUAGAGGAUGACGAAAUUGAAUUUUUCAGCCACAUUGAACCACAGUUAUUUGCAUCAAAGGAUUCGAUCCAUUUCCCAUUGCCAGAUAGCGGGCUUCUGAAUGAGCGGAUCAAGCGUUUUCUGUUGCUGCUUACUGUCAAAGAUACAGCUAUGGACCUACCCUCAAAUUUAGAAGCUCGGAGACGGAUUUCUUUUUUUGCAACAUCUCUCUAUAUGGAUAUCCCUUGUGCUCCCAAAGUGCGUAACAUGUUGUCAUUCAGUGUUUUGACUCCGCAUUUCAAGGAAGAAGUUAAAUUUUCUGCAAAAGAACUUCAUUCAAGCCAAGAAGAGGUUUCCAUCAGCUUUUAUAUGCAAAAGAUAUAUCCAGAUGAGUGGAAAAACUUUUUAGAACGUAAGGGGAGGAAAAAUUCUGAGGGACUGGAUGUUGAAAUUAAUGAUGAAGAUCUCAGGAAUUGGGCUUCUUUUCGAGGGCAAACUUUGAGCAGAACAGUUCGAGGAAUGAUGUACUACAAGAAAGCCUUAAAGUUACAAGCUUUUCUCGACAUGGCUGAAGAUGAAGAUAUUCUUGAAGGCUAUGAAGCCAUUGAAAGGGGGAAUGACACGUUAUCAGCUCAACUAGAUGCACUAGCAGAUAUGAAAUUUACAUAUGUCAUCUCGUGUCAAAGGUUUGGAUCACAUAAAGCAGCUGGAGAUCCCCUAGCCCAAGACAUACUUGACUUAAUGAUAAGGUACCCAUCUCUCCGUGUAGCUUAUGUGGAGGAGAAAGAAGAUAUUGUGGCAAAUAAGCCUCGGCCUCAGAAGGUUUACUCAUCCAUAUUGGUUAAAGCUGUCAAUGGUUUUGACCAGGAAAUAUAUCGCAUAAAGCUUCCUGGUCCACCAAAUAUCGGAGAGGGGAAACCUGAAAAUCAAAAUCAUGCCAUCAUUUUCACACGCGGUGAAGCUCUUCAGGCAAUUGAUAUGAAUCAAGAUAAUUACAUGGAAGAAGCUCUCAAAGUUAGAAAUGUAUUACAAGAAUUUCUAAAGCACCAUGGAAAGCGGCCUCCGACUAUUCUUGGCUUGAGAGAACACAUAUUCACGGGAAGUGUUUCUUCGUUAGCGUGGUUCAUGUCUUAUCAGGAGACCAGUUUUGUCACCAUUGGUCAAAGGCUUCUAGCAAAUCCUCUCAGGGUUCGUUUCCAUUAUGGGCAUCCAGAUUUUUUUGAUAGGGUGUUUCACCUAACAAGAGGUGGCAUAAGCAAAGCAUCUAAAACAAUAAACCUGAGUGAAGAUGUUUUUGCAGGAUUUAAUUCUACUUUACGAAGAGGAUAUAUCACCUAUCAGGAAUAUAUACAAGUUGGCAAAGGUCGUGAUGUAGGCCUUAACCAGAUUUCGAAGUUUGAAGCCAAAGUGACGAAUGGAAACAGUGAACAAACUCUAAGCCGGGACAUAUACCGCCUCGGACGUCGGUUCGAUUUCUUUCGGAUGCUAUCCUGUUACUACACAACUGUUGGGUUUUACUUUAAUAGCCUGAUAUCAAUUGUUGCAAUUUAUAUAUUCCUGUACGGGCAGCUAUACCUAGUUCUCAGUGGUUUGGAGAAAGCACUCCUCCUUGAGGCUAGAAUGCACAAUUUACCAUCAUUGGAAACUGCUCUGGGCUCCCAAUCAUUUAUACAACUAGGACUCUUAACAGGCUUACCUAUGGUAAUGGAGAUUGGACUUGAGAGAGGAUUUCUUAAUGCCAUCAAAGACUUUGUCCUCAUGCAAUUACAGCUGGCUGCUGUUUUCUUCACUUUCUCCCUCGGAACAAAAGCUCACUAUUAUGGUCGAACAAUUCUUCAUGGGGGUGCCAAAUAUAGGCCAACAGGGCGUAAGGUUGUGGUGUUUCACGCCAGCUUUACCGAGAACUACAGAUUAUAUUCAAGAAGCCACUUUGUGAAAGGAUUUGAGCUGCUGCUUCUGUUGGUUGUUUAUGAUCUGUUUAGGCGGUCCUACCAAAACAACAUGGCAUAUGUUUUGAUCACAUAUUCAAUCUGGUUCAUGUCAUUGACGUGGUUGUUUGCCCCCUUUCUCUUUAAUCCAUCUGGAUUCCACUGGGGUAAGAUAGUGGACGAUUGGAAAGAGUGGAACAAGUGGAUCAAACAGCAGGGUGGAAUAGGAAUUCGACAAGAUAAGAGCUGGCAGUCUUGGUGGAAUGAUGAACAAGCCCAUCUUCGUCAUUCUGGGCUGGGCUCGAGGUUGAUCGAAAUACUGCUAUCUCUGCGAUUUUUCAUUUACCAAUAUGGUCUUGUCUACCACCUUGAUAUAUCUGGGACAAGCAAAAAUUUCAUAGUUUAUGUGCUCUCAUGGGUGGUCAUCGUUGCAAUUUUUCUGUUAGUCAAGGCAGUGAACAUAGGGAGGCAACUACUCAGUGCUAAUUACCACCUCACGUUCAGGCUAUUCAAAGCGUUUCUCUUCAUUGGUGUUCUUGCUACCAUAAUCGUUCUCUCCCGCAUCUGUGAACUCUCUUUGAAAGACCUGAUUGUGUGCUGUCUAGCAUUUUUCCCAACAGGAUGGGGUUUGAUCUUGGUUUCGCAAGCCGUGAGGCCAAAGAUAGAGGAGACGGGAUUGUGGGAUUUCACUCAGGUGUUUGCUCAAGCAUAUGAUUAUGGUAUGGGCGUUGUUCUUUUCACACCCGUAGCUUCUUUGGCAUGGCUCCCAAUCAUCUCAGCUUUCCAGACUCGUUUCCUUUUCAACGAGGCUUUCAGUCGAAGAUUGCAAAUUCAACAAAUUCUUGCCGGAAAGCAGAAGAAAACAUAGAUUCCCGUACAGCAGAGAUCAUGUAUAUAUGGUUUUUCCCCCCGUAAAUGGUCAAAUUGUUGCCCUCAUUCAUUUGUGAUACACCAGAAAUAGCACGAGCAGAUACAUGAGUGAGUGAUUCUUAUAGUUGACAGCACAGAAUUACAAGUUCAAUAAAGUAAAUAAAAUGUGCUUUGUUGUACA